AUGACCAAAAUCAAGGCUCGGGAUGUUCGUGGCAAGAAGGAGGAGGAGCUGUUAAAACAGCUGGAUGAUCUGAAAGUGGAGCUUUCCCAGCUGCGCAUCACCAAAGACAAGAAGUACAAACCCCUGGAUCUGCGGCCCAAGAAAACACGUGCCGUGCGCCCAAGGCUCAACAAGCACGAGGAGAACCUGAAGACCAAGAAGCAGCAGCGAAAAGAGCGCCUGUACCCACUGCGGAAAUACACAGUCAAGGCCUGA